UCAGCUUGUUGCUUUCCAUGUGUGCAGGAUAGGCCUUUGAUUGUUACAGCCUGGCGCUCUUAGUUCCUGGUUGGGAGGGUGAACAUACGACAGUUCUGAUUCCUUUCAGCUCUGCCUUAAAGGGAGACACAGGAAAAAUAAAAGAUUCAAGCAUGCAAACCCUCGUUGCAGGAGAGCUGUGAGCAAUCCUCUUCGGGGACCUGGUCGCCUGGGGGGGGGCCCACUCGGCAAGGCAUGCCGGAGGAAGCACGUUUGCACAACAUAUACACAGAUUUUUAAAGGAGCCCGCGUAAGCAGAGGCAGGAGGAGCAGCAGCGGCGGCGGUGGUGGUGUGCGUCAGGGAGGGGGACACACUACCAUAAUUAAUAAAUAAUAGGUGGUAUUAGUUGGUGUCUAUCACCGGUAGAGAGACCCCCCCCCCCCACCCCUAAAACCUGGAUGAAACACCGGCCCGUCAUCGGCUGACAUCUGGAAAAAUUUGGGGGGACGAAAAAAUGGAGAGCCAGCCGGCGGCGGCGGUGGCUGGCGGAGAGGACUCUCCGGGGAAGAACGCCGACAGGAACCCGAAGAGGAAGCCGUCUGAGCCGGACGAGAGCAAGAACAAACCCAAGCUGAACAUUCAAAUAAAAACCUUGGCGGACGAUGUGAGAGACAGGUUAACCAGUUUCAGGAAAUCUGGCGUGAAAAAGGAGAAGGAGAAGCCGCUCAUUCAGCACCCCACAGAGUCGCUGUCGGCAGUAACGGAGUUCCCGAUCCCGGAGGAAAGCAAGAUGAAUCUCUCCGAGAAGGAAAUCAUGGAUCUCUUUGAGAAAAUGAUGGAGGACAUGAAUUUGAAUGAAGAGCGAAAGGCACCUUUACGUCUGAAGGACCUGUCAAGAAAGCAUGAGAUGGUGGUCCAGUACAUCUCUGCCACUGCCAAGUCGAUAACUGGAAGUAAAGCUAUGGGCGGCUUGAAAAACAACAAGCAUGAGUGUACGCUGUCCUCGCAAGAGUACGUCCACGAACUUCGCUCUGGAAUCGCAGAUGACAAACUCCUCAACUGCCUGGAGUCCCUUCGGGUUUCCUUAACCAGCAACCCAGUGAGUUGGGUCAACAACUUCGGACAUGAAGGCCUUGGCGUGCUUUUGGAUAUUCUGGAGAGACUUCUGGACAAAAGACAGCAGGAAAGUAUUGACAAGAAAAAUCAGCAUAAGCUCAUCCAAUGCCUGAAAGCUUUCAUGAACAAUAAGUAUGGCCUGCAAAGGAUUCUGGGAGAAGAGCGAAGUUUGCUCCUGUUGGCCAGAGCGAUUGAUCCCAAGCAAGCCAACAUGAUGACCGAAAUCUUGAAGAUCUUAUCUGCCAUCUGCAUUGUCGGAGAGGACAAUAUCUUGGACAAACUCCUUGAGGCGAUAAGCACGGCGGCAGAAAUCAACAACCGAGAAAGGUUUGCGCCGAUCGUGGAAGGCCUAGAGAAUGACGAAGCCCUUCAACUACAGGUGUCUUGUAUGCAGUUCAUUAACGCCCUCCUGACCUCUCCGGAAGAUUUGGACUUCAGGAUACACCUGAGGAAUGAAUUCUUAAGAUGCGGGUUAAAGCAAAUCUUACCUCACCUAAAAGAAAAGGAAAAUGAUGAGCUUGAUAUUCAGCUGAAAGUGUUUGAUGAGAAUAGAGAAGAUGACCUGCUGGAGCUCUCCCAUCGCCUCAGGGACAUUCGGGCUGAGAUGGACGAUAUCAAUGAAGUCUAUCAUCUCCUGUACAAUAUGUUGAAGGACACCGCUUCGGAGCCGUACCUCCUCUCCAUCCUGCAGCACUUCCUUCUGAUUCGCAACGACUAUUACAUCAGACCUCAGUACUACAAGGUGCUCGAUGAGUGCGUCGGCCAGGUUGUAUUGCAAUGUGGAGGAAUGGAUCCCGACUUCAAGUACAAAGGGAGGCUGGAUGUGGAUUUUUCUCCUUUAAUAGACUCAUUGGUUGACAAGGCCAAGGUGGAAGAGAGUGAGCAGAAAGCCACCGAGUUCUCCAAGAAGUUUGAUGAAGAGUUCAGCGCCCGACAGGAGGCACAGGCGGAACUUCAGAAACGAGAGGAGAAAAUCAAAGAACUGGAGGCAGAGAUCCAGCAGCUUCGGACCCAGGGUGCUAAACUUGGGGGCCCACCACCACCAGCAAAUGGAGGACCUCCACCCCCGCCUCCUCCUCCACCACCUUUUCCCGGUGGGGCGAUCCCUGGUCCUCCGCCGCCUCCACCUUUUCCAGGAGGCGGCCCUCCUCCUCCUCCUCCACCACCGCCUGGCUUUGGACCUCCUGGUGCUCCACCUCCUCCACCUCUAUUUGGAGGCCCGCGGCCCCCUCCACCUUUCGGGGGCGGAAGGUUUCCUGGACCUAUGGUUCCACCACCCGUAGUUUUACCCUUUGGAAUGACGCCAAAGAAAGCGUAUACUCCAGAGACUGCCAUGAAGAAGAUCAACUGGUCAAAGGUUGAGCCACAGGAACUCUCUGAAUCCUGUUUCUGGGUAAAAGCCAAGGAGGAGAAAUUUGAAAACCCCGAACUCUUCAAGAAGCUGUGCCAGACUUUUGCAACGCACAUCAAAGCUAAGAAAGCGGUGGAGGAAGAGGAGGAGAAGAAGCCAAUGCUAGCCAAGAAAAAAGUGAAGGAGCUGAGAGUUCUCGACGGCAAAGCAGCCCAAAACCUCUCCAUCUUCCUCGGAUCGUUUCGGAUGCCUUAUGACGAAAUAAAGAACAUCAUUUUAGAAGUAGAUGAAGAAAAAUUGUCAGAGUCGCUAAUCCAGAAUCUUGUCAAGAACCUCCCUGAGCAAAAGGAGCUGACCGCGCUGUCGCAGCUGAAGAGCGAAUACGAAGACCUCUGCGAGCCGGAGCAAUUUGGCGUUGUGAUGAGCACAGUAAAAAUGCUCCGGCCUCGGCUCAAUGGCAUCCUCUUCAAGCUGACCUUUGAUGAACACAUAAGCAACAUCAGACCUGACAUUAUCGGUGUGACGCUGGCCUGCGAGGAGCUGAAGAGGAGUGACAAAUUCAAGCGGAUGUUAGAACUAGUGCUGCUGGUUGGCAAUUUCAUGAACUCAGGCUCAAGAAAUGCCCAGUCGCUUGGCUUCAAUAUCAGCUUCCUCUGCAAGAUUCGAGACACCAAGUCCUCGGACCAGAAGAGCACCUUACUGCAUUUUCUUGCAGAAAUUUGUGAAGAAAAAUUCCCAGGGAUCGAAAAGUUUCCUGAAGAACUUGAACAUGUGGAGUGUGCCAGCAAAGUUUCGGCGCAGACUCUGAAAUCCAGUCUGGACAGCAUGGACCACCAGAUAAAACGACUGGAAGGCGACAUCAAAAACUUUCCCAAGACGGAUAACCCAAACGAUAAGUUUGUAGCGAAAAUGACGAUCUUUGCAAAGACCGCCAGGGAGCAGUGCGAGAAGUUGACCACCAUGCACAACAACAUGAACAAGCUGUACGAUAACUUGGGAGAAUACUUCGCCUUCGAUCCCAGAGCGGUGAGCGUCGAGGAGUUCUUUGGGGACCUCGCCAAUUUCCGAACGCUCUUCUUGGAGGCAGUCAAAGAAAACAACAAGAGGCGAGAAAUGGAAGAGAAGAUGAAAAGGGCCAAGAUCGCAAAGGAAAAAGCCGAGCGUGAGAAGAUGGAACGGAUGCAGAAGAAGAAGCAGCUUAUUGAUAUGAAUAAAGAGGGCGACGAGACAGGCGUGAUGGAUAGCUUGCUGGAAGCCCUGCAGUCAGGCGCGGCGUUCAGGGAUCGCAGGAAGCGGACUCCGAAAGCAAACGAUAACCGUCUACCUGCUCUGGAAAGGUCACGUUCGAGGCAUCACGGCAGACCGCUUGCUACAUGAGCCGAGGAGCAGCGAUAUAGAAUUUGGCACUACGCCUAUUUUGGACGCACAAAGGAACAUCAACGAUUAGUACUACUACACUUUGCACUUGGAACCCAAAAAAAUGUCAAAAAAGAGGAAGAGGCGACUUUUUUUUUUUUUACAAACUUUCCAAGGGACGAUGCGUCUGGCGCUUGUGUCAAAUGAAAUGAGUUAAAGGAAAAACAAAAACUCUUGUAAACAGUGUUAGAGAUUACGGUGAUAUAAGGUGAAGGGCAGAAGUUUGCCCCUGAAGAACUACAAGCCCCAAACUUCCAAUUGCUGUGGUUUGUGUUUUUUCAGGGGCUGAGGGCCACCGGUUCCAGUGCCUCGUUACAAGGGGAACUCCAGUAAGGAUGUGGCUGGUGUACGUUACACGGUAUUAGCCUAUUGUAGCAUUUGCUUGGUAAUUUUGAAUCGACUUGGCGAAGGAACUUUUGCAGCUUCCGUUUCCAGCAGUUGGAAGUGAGUUUUAAAGGAAAGGCACAUGCGUGGGUUGUGCCAUGUGUAAUAGCAACUCAUAAUGGCUUCUCAGAAUAUUACCAUUUGUAAAGUAGCGCCUCUAAACUGAAAUCUGAUUGGCGGUUAUAGGACUAUUCACUUAACACAUCAAAGCUUAGGAAGCACAGGGGGUGGACAAAAUCAAGUAAACACCAUGGGCCAAAUCCUCAAUUCGUAGCCUAACUUAACUUUUCCCAUUUAAGUUACACUGGCGGUAAA